CCGGCGGUGGAUGCGCCCGGGAGGAGCCGCCGAGCCCGCCCAGCCCUUCCAGCCCCCCGCGGGGGGGACGCGGGGGCCGCCGCGAUGACUUGACGCCGGGCCGGGCCGUGCCGUGCCAUGGAGGGGAUGACACGCUCCGUGGUGGCCGCGGCGCGGUGGCGGCCGGCGCUGCCCGCGCUGCUGCCGCUGCUGCUCGCCGUGCCGGCGCUGCGGGGCUCGCCCGCCGCAGAUGAAAGAUCCUUGGGACAGCAGAAUUUUUCCUUUUUCUCAAUGGACUUAAAGGUGCACGAAAGCAUAUCAGGCAGCAGGACACAAACGGCCUUAGCAAAAAGUGAUUUGAAGUCCCAAGAAAGUAAUUUGCUUCAAACGGUUUUAUCAUCAGUUACCACUUCCUUUGAUGUGACUUUACUUAGCCAAGAAGAAACAGCCAGGAUUUCAGAAGGGAGAAGUACGCUGUUGGUAGAUGUCUCCGUAACAAGCAAUGAGGCGUUCUUAAGUGACAAUGAAUUUGUUAGCUCAUUUUCAAAGGCACAGUGGACUCCUCCGCUGAAAUCUUUUGCAGUUUUGACAGAUCAUCACUCAGUUAAUACAGUAGAGCCAUCAAGAGAAAUGUUAGAAACUGUGUUGCUAACACCUUCAUUAUCUGCCCUUUUUUCACCAUAUGAUGUCUCAAAAACAGCACAGCAGAAGACUCCGUUGAGCGCCGUCCCCGAACGCAGUAACACUCUUACAGAACUAAAGCCUUUUGUACCGGAUCGUGAAACGCUAACAGCAAGCAGAGACUUGCUGUUGUACCCUCCAAAUGCAGCUAUUCAUUUCACUUCCUUCCCUUCAGAGAGUGGAGUUGUGGCACAGGAAAACAUUAAUGCGAGUUUAACAGCUCUGCCUUUUGGGACUGCUUCAGAAGGAUUGCCUCUUCAUCUCAAGCUGCUGGGUAAAACUAGCCCUGAGAUCCCAGAUGCCACAGCGCAAAGUGCAGACCUGUAUGGUGACGUUUACACCGAUGAGAGUAGCAAGGCAGCAGAAUCUCUCAGUCUAAGGACAUACCCCACUCCAAGCCUUCCCUGGGCCACACCAACUUCAGCAGCCAGUGCUGAGCCUGCUUUUUUUCCUAUUAGUCUUCCACUUGUGUCUUUCCCACUUAACUCAGCUGCCAUUUCCAGGAACUCUGAUACAGUUCUUAAUGCCAACCUGUUUACACGUGAAUUCUCCACUACAGCACCAAAUUUGCCUGCCGGUUCAGAAAUACCAAGUCAAUCAGAGCUUGUCAGUGAGCUCAUGAGUCCAGUGCCUUUCACGAGAUCAUACAGUUACUGCCUGUAUUGUGACUCAGUUUCACUUCUGCCAGAAGCAGGCUUUUCCCCAGAACAUGAUGUGGGCUCAGGCGAUUAUGUUGAAACUAUGUCCAUCAAAGCCUCUGAGGUACAAGGUGUAACUCCAUUUACAAGCAUAAUUACGGAUGGGUAUGAAUUAGAGGAACCUACACCUGAGAUUUUUGAUACUUCUUUUCCAUCAAGACCAGUUGUUUCAUUGUCUUCAAGAUUCGCAGAGAUCCCUGAUUCAAGCAUUUUAGUAGGCACUAUAGACACUAGAACACCUGUAACCAUUUCUCCUUCCUACCAUCAGCUCCCUGGAGCAAUGUCAUUGAGUAUCUCUGUUGCCCAGUCCCUCCCUGUUCUGGAAACAAUUUCAUUGACACUAAGCACUCAUGUGGAACUUCCUGGUGUCACCACCAUUCUGUUUGACUCUACCAUCAUCCCGAGUGAGCCAGUAGUGUCGUUUUCAAUCAGUCAGACAACUUUGCUGGAAUUUCCAGAAUUAAUGCCAUCAGAAUCUGUGGUUUUGCUUGACAAGACAUCUAUGAGUGAGGAACCGUCUUUAAAGAUUUCAGAUUUUCCAUCCAGUCUUUUAUCAACACCGUUUCUUAUUGAAUCUAGCUACUUAUCUUUAUCAUCGACCAUGCUAGAUUCUUACUCUGUCAGGCAAGGUGAUUUAUCAACACUCUUACCUCAGAUCUUGUUGACUGGGACAUCAGUACUUUCUGAGGAUGUUACCAGCUGGGACUUAGCUACCACUGUCAGCUCUGCCACUGACACCAAGGUUUCUCAGUUACAUCUUGGCCAAACAGCAUACAUUUAUUCAAAUGUAUCAUCCCUUCCAGAUGCACAUGUUCCUGAAAUAAUGCCAUCGUCAGAUUUUCCCUCUGGGUCAUCUGUGUUUCUGGAAGCACCCUCGGUACUGCCCGUGGGCUCUGAAGUUGUAUUUACCUCAGCUGUUACAGGAGCUACCUCUCAGUUGGAGCCUUCACUCUCCACCUCUCACUCCGUGGUUCCUACCCUGGUGCUGCCCACUUCGGACACCCAGUCUGUUACCAGCAGCAUCUUGCUCAGCGAAACAAAUCUGAUCUCUUUGUUUACUACCUUUCCAGCAACUCCUGUCUUAAAUGUAUCUUCAUCUCUGCUCUCAACUGCACUGGCUUCUGAUGAGGAUAUUGGUGCUACAGUUUACCCCACGCUGCUUUUAACAUCUCGCAGCGAGGGCAGUGCUCCCACAGCCCUUCCUCCCACAGACCCUGACAACCUCACAUCAGCCGCCAGCACCAUCAGCGUGAUGCCCUUUCCUACAACAUCUCUGUCUGUGACUGUGGCAUUUACUCCCACACAGUUUCCUCCAACUUCUAGCCCUCCCACUGGAUAUGAAGUUCCAUCAGGAAGCAGUGUAACUGCUGGCACUGAUGCAUCAGCUCCUUCCACCAGCGUCCCCACGACCUCUGUCACCAGUGCUACAGGCAGCCAUGGCACAGCUGCUGCAGGCAGCCCAGGGACUUUCUCCUCCACCCCUGUGGCGACCACUACUCCGUCUGAACUGGUGGUUGUGACUUCUGCUGUGACUACUACCAGGCAGCCAUAUGUCUGCGACAUCACCAUUCCCGAUGCUUACUUAGUCACUGCAGUGCUGGCCCGAAGAGCUGUUCUACGAAAUGUCAGUGAAUCCAUCAGAGAAGUGCUCAGAGUUCAGUUCAGGAGAUCAGUAGAGCUGGAGGUUUAUAAAAUUUCCCCCAAAUUUGCUUUCUUGGUGACAUCAGGUCCUUUUGUUUACACGGCAAUAGCUGUCAUAAAUGUGCUUGUGAACAGCAGUCUCCUUCGUGGUGAGGCCCCCAUGAUCCUCUCACUGCAUCCUUCUUUCACUGUGCCAGACAACAGAUUUCAAGUUCAGACAGUGCUUCAGUUUGUACCUAGAAACAUGGAUAUUGGGUUCUGCAACUUUAGCCAGCGCAUUGAGAAAGGGCUGACAAUGGCAUUCCUGGAGGUGAACAAACACCAGGAGUUCUACAACUUCACUGUGCAGAUACUGAACAUAACUCUGAUCAGGCCUGGGGUAGCAUUUCGGCAAGGCCCUGUGAGCAUUGUUUUUGCCAUCCGAGAUAGAUACGGUUUUCUAAAUGGGUCCGAAGUCAGUGAGCAGCUGAGGAACUUGUCCGUGGUGGAGUUCAGCUUCUACCUGGGCUUUCCUGUGCAGCAAAUUGCUGAACCCUUUCAUUAUCCAAAGCUUAAUGUGUCUCAGUUGAUGAAAUCUUCCUGGGUGAGAACAGUUCUCCUGGGCGUCGUCGACCAGCGAAUUCAGGAGGAAGUGUUUCGGGCUGAGAUGGAGCGGAAACUUGCUCACCUGCUGAACGAGGCUUUGAUCAGAGGGCGGAUAUGGAGGCGAGCCAGCUUUGCAGGAAGCAACAUUGUGCAGAUUGUGAAUGUGUCACGAUUAGUUGGUGUUGAUAACCCUGUGGAGCUGAUAUAUUUUGUGGAAGACCAAGAUGGAGAGAGACUGAGCGCUCUGAAGUGCUCAGACCUGAUGAACAGAGUUGAUAUCCAGCGGGCUGCAAUCAUCCUUGGAUACCGCAUCGAUGGCACCGUUGCACAGCCUGUGGAGAAGUUGAAGGAGUCUGCUUCAGAGUCACAGAACAGCAACCUGUGGAUUAUCGUUGGUGUGGCAGUCCCAGUUGCUGUGGUGCUCCUGAUCGUUAUUAUUUUAUACUGGAAACUUUGCCGAACGGACAAGCUGGAGUUUCAGCCAGACGCAAUGAGCAACAUUCAGCAACGACAGAAGCUACAAGCCCCCAGUGUGAAAGGCUUUGAUUUUGCUAAGCAGCAUCUGGGCCAGCACAAUAAAGAUGAUGUCCUGAUUAUCCAUGAGCCGGCUCCUUUACCAGGACCUAUUAAGGAUACUACCCCAUCUGAAAAUGGAGAUGUGCCCAGCCCCAAAUCCAAGACUUCCACAAAGCCUUCAAAGACUGUUCGACACAGAGGGAGAAUUUCGCCAUCAGAUGCUGACUCUACAGCCAGUGAACAAUCCAGUGGGAGAGAGACUGGAGAGGAAACUGCAAGACCAUCAACUGCAAACGAGGGCAAACCACGCAGAGCAGUGAAGAAGGGACCCCCUCAGACCAGCAGUGGAAAUGAGCAGCACUCCUCAGCCUCCAUCUUUGAACAUGUGGACAGGAUGUCUCGCUCCUCAGAUGCCAGCAGACGGGUCCCAAGCAAGAUCCAGCUGAUUGCUAUGCAACCGAUGGCAGCACCUCCGGUUCAGAACUCAGUGCUUUCUGAUCGAGUGGCAGAGACCAACAAAAUUAAUAAAGAGAUACAGACAGCCCUGAGGCAUAAAUCUGAGAUUGAGCAUCACCGCAAUAAGAUUCGCCUUCGCGCCAAGCGUAAAGGGCACUAUGAAUUUCCAGUGGUGGACGACGUGGUGGUGGUUGACUCCAAAGAACAGCACAGAAUAUAUCGCAAGGCACAGAUGCAGAUUGACAAGAUCUUGGACCCUGGAGGCAGUGUGCCUACAGUCUUCAUAGAGCCCAGGAAGAGUUCUCGUGCAAAACGUUCUCCCAAGCAGCGCCGGCGACAUCAGAUAAAUGGGAGUCCGAUUGAUGCCGAAAAGGACAGGUUAAUCACAACUGACAGUGAUGGGACAUACAAAAGGCCUCCAGGAGUCAAUAAUUCUGCAUAUAUUUCUGAUCCAGACUUGCCUCCUGAACCUCAGACAUCAUCUUCAGCCGAUCUGGGGAAGUUCCCUGGCUUGCCCUCCCACCCAGUGUCUCAGUACGUGCCCCCGCAGCCGUCCAUCGAAGAGGCUCGGCAGACCAUGCACUCGCUGCUGGAUGACGCCUUUGCGCUGGUGGCUCCCAGCAGCCAAGCCGCCAAUUCCACGGCUGUGGCACCGCCCGGGGUCUCUGCAGGACAACCGAGAUAUAUGGAAUUUGGAAUGACUCCACCAACAGCACCAGGUCUUCUACCAAGGCAGAACUUUGGGCCAGGUUUCCUUCAACCUGCGGAGUUAAUGCACCCGGAGCAGCCGCCGCCUGAGGUUCCGUAUUCCUCCAGAGGGAUGUACUCAGAGGAAAUGCCGUCAGUGGCACGGCCACGGCCCGUUGGAAGCACUGCAGGUUGCUCUCUCUGCUACUGCUUAAGGCUUAUCUACAGAGAAAGACGCAUAUGCAUGGACACCAAGAAUAUUCCUCCUCACCAGUAUUCCAGAUGCCGAGGACUUCAGCCAGACAGCCCUCAGCACCUCCUGCUCAGCUUCCACACAACAGCCUUCAGGGCCAGGGCCUUUGCUACACCACCAGUUCCACUGAGGACCUCCAGCCAGGUCACUCGUCAGCCUCUCUUAUCAAAGCAAUUAGAGAAGAACUUCUGCGACUUUCUCAGAAACAGACAACAGUGCAGAACUUCCAUAGCUGAUUUAGCAUUCCAUUGCAAAUCUGCCAGGUAUCUGCUUCCUAUGGAAGCAAACACUUAUUGGAAAUCAGCAAUGUUGUUCUCUCAAAGGAAGGAACUUUCACAGCUCUGUUGACAACACUCUGGAAAACCUGAAGAAGGCAACAAAAUGAGGAUAGUAAGGAGAGAGAGAGGGAGAGAGGGGGGACAAACAGGGAAAAUCAUCAGUGUCAUCACAAGUAAUAUUAAUUAAUCUACUAAUAUUACGAUGCUCCUUCUUUCUCCUUACCCUCAUUCAGCCUAACAUAUAAAUAAAACCUUAGGUCAAGAACUCAAUACUCCAGCUACAAAACAAAAAAAAGACAGGAACAAACUCCAAGUAUGAUGGACUCCUUUUUCUAAGGAAGUAGGUGAUGUUUUGAAUAAACUGAGAUGACAUUUUGCAAGAGAUUACAAGUAUUCUUAUCUCUCCAGUGCUUAUGGGGAACUGGUUUGCAUUGCUGUUCUGCAGGAUUACAAACUGUAUCAGCUUAAGGGUCUUGAAGGUCCAAUCCAACAUAAGAAUCACUUUGGUUGUCAGGAACAAUGGGACUGCUUAGAAUAAAAGUCUUUUUUUGAGUUAGUUGUAUCAAACUGGAACAAUAAUUGUUAUAGCUCUGUGGUUCCGAAUGGAGCUACCCUCUGCACUCUUCCUUGUUUUCCUUCUGGUGCUGAAGCUUCAAGUGUUCCUUCAUCUUCAAUGUUUGCAAAGUGAAACAUUGGCCUUGUAUAACUAAGAAAAUAUCUGUAGACUCAUUCAGGCUGGAAAAAGAAAACAAAGCAUCCAAACAGAAAGGGCUUGUUAUCUAAUUUGUUUAAAAAUUAUUGAAAACUGGAAGAGGAAUACUCAGCCACAGUUGAAUUUGGGGAAAUGUGUGUGUAUAUCUUUAAAAAAUAUAUUUACAUGCUAAAUGCUCUGGCAAGACCAGUGAUAAAAUAUUGCCACUCUGUAGUUUGCUUUGUGGACAGAAACCAAUCCAGCCUGACUGGUACAGGGUCACCAGCAUUACAUUAUAAAUUGAUGUCCUAAAUCAUUGCUGAUGUUUGGAUCUGAAUAAUUUUAGUGGAAGUCAGUGACAGUUUAGAGCAUUAACAUAGGCUUAGAUUUGCAGUUUUGAGACAGUUUCUAUAUUUAUACUUGUUUCCACUGUCCCUUUGGACAAAGGGUGAGCAUUAUCCCCAUGGUAAAAAUGGUACGUGCCAUGGAACUGUUUGUCGCUGUUUUUUCAGAGUUUUAAUUUAAUAUUAGCUACAGAUUUACUAAUAUUGGCCAUUGCGUAACUGUAACUGACAUAAUACAUACGGAAAUUUUACUUAAGUCACGAUUUGUUGGAGUGUGUUCAUUUUCAGAUCAAACUGAACUAAAGUUAACAACCUGGCGCAGAGAUAAGAGUUACCCUCUGUCAGUGUUUGUGAGGAUGUUUGGGAGCCGUACCCUAGAAGAAUGAAAAGCAAAACUGUUAUGUGCUACAGUGGAGGUAUUUCAAAUAAUAUCAGGUUAUAGUCAUAAAAGGUCUGAGGAACAGAGGUCCUCAGAGAGAACAUUGGGCAGUUGCUCUGGGUAGGGGCUGCAUUUGCCUCGCUCACUGGGGUAGAGAAAUGGCACUGGUAAAAUACAGGUGUGUAACACUGGUGUGGUGUGGUGGUCUUGGGCUGCCAAAUCUGUUCCUGGUUCCAGUGCACAGUUCAGUAGCUGUGACAGGACUAACUCAGACUGGAAUGAGAACAGGUAGGAGGACACUGUGGAAGAAGCCGACUGCAUACCUUAUUCAUGAAGCUGGUACAACAAACUCAUUGCUGAAGCCAAAACCUCAGUUGCUCACUGAUGUGGAAAAAAAAAAAUGUGGUAUGUUUCCCUCUUUACUAGGAAGAACACUUAUUUUUCUGUUUACUUAUGAUCGUCAAAAUGCUGUAUGAAAUUGUUUUGAGGGGCUUAGUGCAGAGAAGCAGCCUAAAUUAGUUUCCAGUUCCUUGGCCAAUGUGUAAAGCCCUCACGGGCACCGGUUGAGGUGUGAAUGGGAUCAGAACACCAGCAUGAUUGUGAACAGCAGUACCAACAGGUUAUUAUGAUUUGAAUUUUUAAAGCUUUUUUGUGUGAUAAUCAGCUCUAGGGUAAAAAUAAACAUUUGUUUUCUGCCAAGUUUGUAAACAUGGAUAUUGCCAAUAAUUCGGCAAAAUGUCAGGUUUUGAAGAAUGAAGAGUGUAUCGGGCAAUGUUCAUUUGGUCUUUUUGACAGUGCUGAAGACUGACUUUUCCUAAGUGUUCCCAUUAAAAUUAUCUGUGUCCGAGCCCACUUUCUUCUCCAGCUUAAUUUUGCAGUGAGCUGAGACACCAGUGCUUAUAAUAUUAACAUAUUACCAUGGCUUCAUUUCAAGAAAAUGUGGGCUUCUAAAAAAAUAAAUUAAUUUUCUGGUUUCAGCUAUUUAAGAAGGACUGUGAAAUAAGAGUUUUGAAAUUUAGAGGUACUUAAGCCACUUCUUAUUCAUUUUUUGCUAGUGGUGGUGAUGCUAUUGUGAAAUUCCAUCUUUUUAUAUAUGGAUGAAGAUCCUUUCUCUUUUCAGUCUCAAAUCUUAUGAAAAGCACGGGACACAGGACAAAUAUAUACUGGUAAAUAAAAGAGGCUUUCUGAUACAAGAAUCCCUCUUUAAAACCUUGGGCAGGACAGUAAAACAUCAGAAGUCGGAAAGCUGUGUUUGGAAGUUAUGUUCUCAAAGUGACUGGACACCUGAUCCAGUGGUAUGGCAUAGUCUGUAUCUUCAUAUAGUAAGAAAAGUAGCACCAGUUCCAAGAAUGGUCUUAACAAGGGAGACCCUCACUUUACUUUCUGUAGCUACAGGAAAAGCUGGGGUUUUUUUCAUGUGCUAAGAAAAAAGGAUUCUGUGGAAGGCAUGUGCCAAAAUGUGUGUUUCCACUUGGAUAUUCGGGGGAAAAAAUCUGUAAGCUUCUAUGUCCCCAUGGGUUUGAGCUCUUUUGCCAGUUCUUUUUAUUACCCUGUUUAAAGGGAGGAAAAUAAAACCCAAACAAAUCUUUUUUUCCUGAAACUUAAAAGUAUCCUGAAUUUGAGUAUCUGUUAAUGAAUUUACCAGUUUCUGAAAACACUGAUCGAAUGAGAAAUUGGUACGGGCACAGAAAGCUGUUACCAACAGUUGCAUCCAUUUCCAUGACUAAACCAUCUGGUUCAUGGAAUCCUCAGGCUCUUCCCUUUCUUCACAGUUUUCCUUGACAUUUGUGUUUUGUCUGUGUUUAGUUUGGCACACAGAAGAAGUUGGCAAGAUGAGAGCUACAUAAUUUAGCUUGGUUGGUUUCCUUUCCGUGGCCAAGAUGUUGACCCCUAGCCUGCUUCUUGAUUAUUUUUGGAGCUAAGUGAAAUGUUACGGUUAUUUUUCGUACACUGAAUUUGAAAGGUGGGGCACACUUCAGUACUAUAAAAUAUUCCCUACCAGGAUGUAACACAUGGUCCUGCCAGUGACUGUGGGCAUGUGACUGAGGAAAGAAAACCUUGCUUUUUGGAGGAGUGAAUUGCAUAGGUGCUGGACUCAUAAUGUUAAAUAUGAACACUUUGGAACAGCAAGUGGAAUUUGACUGACCCUUUGCAAUGUACUGUCCUUGCAGUGGUUUGGAACAGGCUUCUUAUAUAGUGGUUUGGGAGCAGCAGCAUCACACAAGGUCUACCUAUCACCUGUGCACCCAAAGAAGUGUUGGCUACCCCAAUAUUGUGCACCUUUAUGGACACACAUAAAUACAAAGAUUGAUCAUCCAAAAGUGCAUGUUCCCAGCAAAUGCUGAAGCCAAUGCCUUUAAAUUAGACCAUGGACAGCAGGGUUACAGCACUAUCUUAAAGGUUGUGUACAGGGAUGGUAACUUCCCAAGAACCAAAACAGCUGAUGCUGUUGUGUGUUAACUCAUGGCUUGAAAACACAUUUGAUGGAUUACACAAGGAAGCUGGUGUGUAUUCAGGCUCAAGUGAAGUCACCAGUUGUGUGAUGUGGAUGGCAGAAGCAGCUGAGCUGAUUUUUUUAUGUUUUGCCCUCACUACAUUCCCCCCUUUUCCAACUUCAAUAGUUUUUAGCUCAAGGAAAAAAUGAGCGUUUUCCUUUCCAUGCCUUAUCUAGCAGUUCUUUGUUAAAAGGUGCCAGUCCUUGAAAAUACCCUAUUUUGGCCAAGAACUUUGAAGUGGCAGGACGAAGAACAUUUGUGACUUUGAGGUGGGAGCAUGUUGUGGGCCAUAUUUUUGUAGACACAAAGAAAAAAAUGGUUUUUUUAAAUAAUAACACCUGUUUGGUGUACUCUGAAUAUGGGCAGAGAGCUGGAAAUGGAUUAAAAGAUUAAAAGA